GCCUCACAAGCUCUUCCGCUGGCUAACCUGGGUUAAUUACAACAGACUGAACUUCAUUAGUCCUCAAAAAAGGUCAGCACUCGUCGCACUAUGUAUCUGGAUAUUCUGACCUAACAGGUAUAUGCAGUAGCAAUAUACACUGAAAUAUAUUUGCAAUUAACAGCAGCGAGUAUCUUGUUGUGGAUUUUAAUCAAAGUCCGUAAUUCAUCUGGCGAAGCGAGCAAGGUUAGCUAAGAUAGCUAGCAAAUCGGCCUGCAAGAUAGGGUAUUACCUGAAAACAUGAUGGCGUCUAGCUACAACAUUAAGGAGGAAGACGGUCACCAUUCUGGGUCCUCGGGGCCUGGUGGAAACGCAGUUAGGACUAAAAAGCCCGACAACACAGCUUUCAAACAACAGCGUUUACCAGCCUGGCAGCCUAUCAUUACGGCGGGGACAGUCUUGCCAGCAUUCUUCAUUAUAGGACUGAUCUUUAUCCCCAUCGGAAUCGGACUCUACGUUACGUCAAACAACAUCAAAGAAUUUGAGAUCGAUUAUACUGGAAUAGACAUAUCAAGUCCAUGCUUCAAUUGCUCUCAGAGCUAUAGCUGGAAUACCACGACGUCGUGCACAUGUUCGAUACCAUUCUCUCUUGACCAGCCCUUCGAGAGCAAUGUUUUUAUGUACUAUGGCUUAUCAAAUUUUUACCAAAACCAUCGACGAUAUGUUAAAUCGAGAGAUGACAGUCAGCUCAAUGGAAACCUUGACUCCUUAAAGGCACCUAGUAAAGAAUGUGAGCCCUACCGCAUUAAUGAAAACAUGCCUAUUGCACCAUGUGGAGCUAUUGCUAACAGCAUGUUUAAUGAUACACUGGAUUUGUUUUACAUUGAUCCCAAUGGAACCAGAACCCCAAUUCCACUGAUGAAGACGGGCAUUGCGUGGUGGACUGAUAAGCAUGUGAAAUUCCGAAACCCUGGUGGCAGUUCCUCCAACCUUACAGCUGUUUUCUACGGGACCACAAAGCCGCUCAGCUGGCCCAAGCCAGUCUACGAGCUGGACACAGACCCAGAGAACAAUGGCUUUGUUAAUGAAGACUUAAUCGUUUGGAUGCGCACAGCUGCCCUGCCCACUUUUAGGAAACUCUACCGCAUAAUCCAAAAGAAGAACAGCUUGACUCCUACACUACCCAGGGGCAACUACACCCUAGACAUCGUUUACAAUUAUCCUGUGCGUAGCUUCGAUGGCCGAAAGCGUAUGAUCCUGAGCACCAUCUCAUGGAUGGGAGGGAAGAACCCUUUCCUGGGCAUCGCCUAUAUAUCUGUGGGCUCUGUCUGUUUCUUCCUUGGAGUGGUUCUGCUCUUCAUCCACCACAAAUAUGGAAACCGGAACAACAGCUCAGACAUUCCAAAUUAAGUGUCUCUUUUGGGCUGUAGGCUCACAGGCUGGCCCACAUGCAUGGUGAAGACCCAAUGUCUGUUGUGCAAGCUCGUCUCUGUGUGUAUCCUUUGUGGUUUUGAAUAGCUGUGCUUGUAGGUGCAGAGUUAUAUAGCAACACAAUGCAUAGGUAUUUCUGUGAGCCUAGAGAUCAGUUAUGUAUACAAAUGUUAUAUUUAUUUAAUUUUUAAAAAAGAUGAUAAGGGUGUUUUGUUUUAAGGUGUACUUUUUAUUCUGUUAUCUAUGUAUUUUUAAGGUGCUUAUUGGGCUUUGCCUUAAGUGAAAUGUAUAUAUUUGCAUACAGCCAACAGGUUAUACAUAUAGCAGAACACAAAAUUGUCCUCGCGAAUGGAGCUAGAAAUGAGUGAAUGUAUUGCUAUUCAAAGAAACCGAAAUAACUUGCUUUUCUGGCAGAAAUUUCGCAGCCCAAGGAAAGUAGGACACACUAUAUAACCUAAAAUGUUCAUUAUAGAUCAUAUCAUGUUCAGAAUGUGUCCAACCUAUUUGCACUAUAAGCUUGGCCUAGCUUUUAAACUAUUUAGAGAGAAAUAAAAUUGGAUCCAAACGGUU